AAAUUGCCUUCGUCUGCGCCCCGCGGGCUCUCGUCCCAACCGCUCACCGGCUUCCCGCGGCGGCGGCGGCGGGGCUCCAUGCUCACGGUGACCCUCCUGGACGCGCACCUCGCGCGGUGCAGCUCGGCGCGCCACCUCCUCCAGAUCCACGCCCAGUUCGUCGCGUCCGGUCUCCUCGCCGACGCCUUCGCCGCCAGCCGCCUCAUCCUCUUCACCACCUCCACCCGCCUCCUCCCGCUCCCGUUCCACCACUCGCUCCGCCUCCUCCACGUCGUCCACCGCCCCAACGCCUUCUCCUGCAACAUGGUCCUCAAGGCGGCCCGCGAGCAUGGGCUGCCGCACCUGUGCCUCCCGCUCUACGCGUCCAUGUCCGCGGCCCCCGACUGCUACACCCAUACCAUCCUCGCCGCCGCCUGCGCCACCAGGAGGGCCAUCGAAGAAGGCCGCCAGGUGCACUGCCACGCCGUCAGGCACGGGUUCGGGCGCAACCUGUACCUCGCGAACGCGCUGAUGAGUAUGUACUCCGCGUGUGGGUGCCUCGGCGACGCGCGCAAGGUGUUCGACGCGGGUCCUGUUUGGGACGCCGUUUCUUGGAACACGAUCCUGGCCGCGUACGUGCAGGCUGAGGAUGUGGACCAGGCGGUUGGGGUGUUUGCACGGAUGCCUGAACGGGGUGCUGCGGCGGUGAGUUCGAUGGUGUCGCUGUUUGGGAGGAGAGGAAUGGUGGACGAGGCGAGGAAGGUGUUUGAUGUGGUGGAGCGCAAGGAUGUUUUCACGUGGACUGCGAUGAUUUCUUGCUUUCAGCGGAAUGGCAAGUUUGCAGAGGCGUUGGCUUUGUUCUCAGAUAUGCGUGGGGAGGGGUGGCCUGUGGAUGAGGCAGUCAUGGUCUGUGUUGUCGCUGCCUGUGCACGGUUGGAGGUAACUCGGAAUGGGGAGAUGUGUCAUGGGCUGGCUUUCAGAGCUGGCCUUGGCUCGAGGUUGAACGUCCAGAACGCAUUGAUCCACAUGUACUCAAGUUUUCUGAAUGUUGUUGCGGCACGAAGAUUGUUUGACAGUGGCCAGUGUUUGGACCAGUUCUCUUGGAACUCGAUGAUAGCUGGCUAUCUUAAGAAUGGCUCUGUCAAGGAUGCAAAGGAAUUGUUCACUGUAAUGCCUGACAAAGAUAAUGUUUCUUGGACUACAAUGAUAUCUGGUUGUGUGCAAAAUGACCAGUCCUCAGAGGCACUCACUAUUUUCAACAACAUGCAAGCCCAAGGAAUCAAGCCAGAUGAGGUUACGCUUGUAAGCGUCAUCUCUGCAUGUACUAAUAUGUCUUCUCUCGAGCAAGGCAAGUCAAUGCAUGAGUACAUAAGGGAACACCAAUAUACCAUCACAGUCAUACUUGGGACUAGCCUCAUUGACAUGUACAUGAAGUGUGGGUGCUUAGAAUCUGCAUUAGAAGUCUUCGAUACAAUGGAAGAAAGAGGAACACCUUGCUGGAAUGCUGUCAUUGUGGGGCUGGCCAUGAAUGGUCUGGUGAUGAAGUCCCUUGACAUGUUUUCGGAGAUGGAAUCAUCUAGCACUGCCACUCCAAAUGAGAUAACUUUCACUGGAGUUUUGAGUGCUUGCAGACAUGCUGGCCUAGUUGAGGAGGGCCAACAUUUCUUCAAGUUGAUGCAGCACAAGUAUCACAUUAUCCCAAACAUCAGACAUUAUGGAUGCAUGGUGGAUCUUCUUGGACGUGCUGGAUAUGUCAAAGAGGCAGAGAAUCUGAUUGAGAGCAUGCCCAUGUCACCAGAUGUUCCAGCAUGGGGUGCUUUGCUUGGUUCCUGCUGGAAACAUGGUGAUAAUGAGGUUGGAGAAAGGGUGGGGAGGAAGCUUGUCAAUCUAGAUCCUCACCAUGACGGGUUCCACACUAUGCUAUCUAACAUAUAUGCUUCAGAAGGAAUGUGGCAACAUGUAAAGGACCUAAGGGGCUCCAUGAAACAAUGGCAUGUCCCAAAAAUUCCUGGUUCUAGUGUGGUUGAAUCAUCACUACCUUUGUGAGAAUAUAUCAUAUGAUGGUACUUGAAAUCAGAAUACAGUGCUUAGAGUGGUUUGACUCAAGUUUCAUAAGGCAUGGAGCACAUGAGAGUGAGGGUGGUCUACUUCACCAAAUUAAGGAGAGUAACUGUCUGUUUAUAUGAAUAUAUCAGGGAGCUUGGUGAAGGGAGGAGGGAAGAAUAAGGAAGCAAGGAUGGCCUGUUAUUUAUAGUUAGCAGAUGACAGAUUAACGCAGGCAGACUACCCAAGCUCCUAAAUGAAAUCCUCAGAAGUAAUCUACUGGCAGAGUGUAGAGCUAAGGGCAUGCAAGUGCAUUAGUGAAAUCCAAGCAUCGUUCACAUGGUCAAUCCUGCCCUAGAAUGGUCCAAUCCAAGAAAUCCAUUAAAACCAGUAAAAGUGAUGUCAAUAGAUGGGCUAAAAAGAGCUUUGAGGUAUGAAGUACUAUCCCAGCUGCCAGCUUUGCAACUUUGCAUAAUGUUCUGUUUGUUCACAUUUUUCCUGUUCUUUCCUGACAAUAGUUAACUUCAGCGGUGAAUGAAACGAUGUUGAAAAAUGGAAAUGAUUGUAUUACGAUUCUCCUCCUAAAUAAAGUACGCAUACUUCA